AUGUGUGUCGUUGAACAGAAAAAAUUCGAUCAGCCAGCAACGAACAGUCCCUCAUCGAAACAGAUUUGCGGAGGAAUUGACGUGAUCGAAUUGGGUUCGGAAAGUGAUUUCGGGUUUAUAUCGAGUCCCGGGUACCCAGGAAAUUACCCGAAUUCCAUAAUUUCGCCUCAAGACUGCGGUGCCCAAUUGUCAGUCACGAGUGAUGCGAUAAAUUCGGUCAGUCUGGGAUUUCUUCAGCUUAGGUUGGCCCAAGGGGAUUAUUUGAGCAUCACGGAAAAACGUGAUGAUCCUCCAUCAGAAAGUACAGAACAACUCACAGGUUCUUACGACUUGUUCCUUCCGGACUUGAUUGUCGCCAAUGAAACGCGUGUAUAUUUGCAAAGUAAUGCUGCUGAUUCCAAACUUGGCUAUUUGGCAGCUUAUGCUGGACAACUUCAACCACUACCACCUACUCCUGGAAGUCCAGCAAAAACGAACCCUUCUUCAAACACGAAACCCGCGAAUAAUAAGCAAGUCAUCAGGAUCAAUGUGGCAACUGGAGAAACAUGGACUGAUUCUGACAACCACGACAUGGUCAGACAAAUGGUGCAACACGUGCCUGGAAAACAAUUCGGUCUCGUCAUGUCACCCAAUCAUCCCCAAAAUUACCCACCUGAAACAGAUUUCGAAUACCAACUCGUGGCCCCGACUGGGUCUCGAAUCGCCAUCCGGGUUUUGAGAGCCGAGUUUGAAGUGUGCUGCGACUACGUGGCCAUAGUAGAAGACACUUCUAAUGCAUACUAUAUUCGCAGUCCAGAACCCCAGAUCAAGUACAGCAGUGGGAAUGAAAAAAAAGUCGAUCAGCCAGCAACGAACAGUCCCUCAUCGAAACAGAUUUGCGGAGGAAUUGACGUGAUCGAAUUGGGUUCGGAAAGUGAUUUCGGGUUUAUAUCGAGUCCCGGGUACCCAGGAAAUUACCCGAAUUCCAUAAUUUCGCCUCAAGACUGCGGUGCCCAAUUGUCAGUCACGAGUGAUGCGAUAAAUUCGGUCAGUCUGGGAUUUCUUCAGCUUAGGUUGGCCCAAGGGGAUUAUUUGAGCAUCACGGAAAAACGUGAUGAUCCUCCAUCAGAAAGUACAGAACAACUCACAGGUUCUUACGACUUGUUCCUUCCGGACUUGAUUGUCGCCAAUGAAACGCGUGUAUAUUUGCAAACUCCUGGAAGUCCAGCAAAAAUGAACCCUUCUUCAAACACGAAACCCGGGAAUAAUAAGCAAGUCAUCAGGAUCAAUGUGGCAACUGGAGAAACAUGGACUGAUUCUGACAACCACGACAUGGUCAGACAAAUGGUGCAACACGUGCCUGGAAAACAAUUCGGUCUCGUCAUGUCACCCAAUCAUCCCCAAAAUUACCCACCUGAAACAGAUUUCGAAUACCAACUCGUGGCCCCGACUGGGUCUCGAAUCGCCAUUCGGGUUUUGAGAGCCGAGUUUGAAGUGUGCUGCGACUACGUGGCCAUAGUAGAAGACACUUCUAAUGCAUACUAUAUUCGCAGUCCAGAACCCCAGAUCAAGUACAGCAGUGGAAAUGAAGUGAGUCUUGUUUUCCACAGUGUUGGCGGCAAUGGACGGGGAUUCCUAAUUGCAUAUUCUGCUCUUUCUCCGUGA